AUGGCAGACGAAGACCUCAUCUUCCGCCUGGAAGGCGUUGACUGCGGCCAGACCUCCCAGGCUGGCCACGACGGCCAUGCUAAUGCCGACAGCGACGACGAGGACGGUUACUUCAUCUGCUCCAUCACGGAUGACCCCAGCUCUGACCAGAACGCCAAUGCCAAGGUUAAUAACUACUACAGCAACCUAAUGAAAUGUGAGCGGUACGGAUCAAGCGGGUCCCCAGCAGGUUCCUUUCACUUCAAGGGAAGGCGCAGGCCUGGCCGUGUUCCUGUCUGUGAUUGGCCGGUGUUCAGCGACCUUGAUAACAUGGCACAUGGCGACCAUGACCAUCCAGACAACCACCGGGACUCUGAGAACAGUGGGGACAGCGGAUACCCCAGUGAGAAGAGGGGCGAACUAGAUGACCUAGAUCCUCGAGAACAUGGUUACUCGAAUGGGCAUCGGAGGUACGAGUCUGAUGACGACAGCCUGGGAAGCUCCGGACGGGUUUGUGUGGAAAAGUGGAAUCUGGUCAACUCCUCCCGCCGCCACCUGCCAAGGGCUUCGGCCGUGGCCUUGGAAGUGCAAAGGCUUAAUGCUCUGGACCUUGAAAAGAAAAUCGGGAAGUCCAUUUUGGGGAAGGUCCAUCUGGCCAUGGUGCGGUAUCACGAGGGCGGGCGCUUCUGCGAGAAGGAUGAGGAAUGGGACCGCGAGUCAGCCAUCUUCCACCUGGAACACGCGGCCGACCUGGGCGAGCUGGAGGCCAUUGUGGGCCUGGGGCUCAUGUACUCGCAGCUGCCACACCACAUCCUGGCCAGCAUCUCUCUGAAGGAGACGGAAGAGAAUAAAACGAAGGGAUUUGAUUACUUGCUGAAGGCAGCAGAAGCUGGUGACAGACAAUCUAUGAUCCUGGUGGCGCGGGCUUUUGACUCGGGUUGGAACCUCGGUCCAGACAGGUCCCCAGACUGGUCAGAAGCCCUGCGCUGGUACAGCACUGCCUUGAAGACCACGGACUGUGAUGAAGGCGGGGAAUACCAUGGGAUGCAGGAUGAACCCCGGUACACCUUGCUGGCCAGGGAGGCUGAGAUGCUGCUGAAAGGCGGCUGUGGGCUGGAGAAGGACCCGCGGAGAUCAGGCGAUUUGUACACAGAGGCAGCUGAAGCAGCCAUGGAAGCCAUGAAGGGCCGCCUGGCCAACCAGUACUACGAGAAGGCAGAAGAGGCCUGGGCCCAGAUGGAAGAAUAA